AUGACAUCUUUCCUAAGCAAAAUAUUCGCGCUCAGAUCGAACAAGUCGAUCCGAGUGCCGGCCAUCGAAACUUAUGACAUCGAAAACCCCGUUGAGAAAAGAGCGAGAACGCUCUUCCAUCUGGUGAAGUUGAAUCAUAUCAACCAUUCGGUGCGGAAUUGCAGAGAUGGAGCAGAUUCAACGUCUCAUAACUUUAUACCUCAGCAUUUGAUAUCGGCAUUCCUCUUUGGAGCCGAUGGACAAACUCUCGAGAGCCUCUAUGACCUCGAUUCUAGGAUCGCAGAGGCAUGGAAGGAUGCUCCUGGUGAGGUUGUUGGCAGUGAUUGGAUGGAUUUUCUAGGGAAGAAAGAAUAUGAACGCGCGUUUCUAGAUCUCUUUGAGGACGAUCUAGUAGACCAAGGUUAUGACUGGAAAGCGGUUCUCCAGAAAUUCUUAUUCACUGGCGAACAGCCCUUGAUCAGCUCGAUCACAGCUGGCUUGGGACAACCAUUAAUACACCUCGCCCUCUCCCUGCAAAUGUCCGUUCGAGACCUUGCAAUGGAAGCCCUCACCCUCGCAGCAACAUCUUACUACGACAACGACGUUUUCAAGUACUCCGACGAACCAUCCUACUUCCAAGCAGAACCCUUAUACAAGUCUUGUUCCAUCUCAGAAAUUUUGCAUAAAGUCCGCACAGACGAAAGAUUCAACAGCUACACCAUAACCAUCCCCGGAGAGCAAAACAUGGCAGUUAUUUUCUGCGACCACGAAGCCGCAUUACUAGAUCAUUGCAAUGCAUGGACUAUCUCCUCCGACCCUACGACCUAUUUCCGUGAAAGCCAAAAAGCCGCCGUCGCACUGUUCACUGGAGCCAAAAUACCAGCAGCGGGCGGCAAAUAUAAUAAAUCUCUCUUGCAUCCGUUGUUGAUGAGUCAUGCGAUUCAUUUAAUUUUACCACACACACCGGAUAAAGUGCACAUCUCACUUGUACAGCAGUGGUGGCUGACGACGUUGGCGAUAUAUGUAGCUCAGUUACGGCCGGAGAUUGGGUUUGAUGUUAUUGCUGCGCAUGAUACGCAAGGUAAGAACUGGGGGUGGAUUAAGCAGCAAGCUCUUGAAAGUCAGCAUGCUACGGAUGCAUAUUUUUUGCAGACCUUGCGUGUCUUGAAGGAGUUGGGAGAGGCAUGGGAGGAUUCAGAAGACUACUAUCUAAAGGCUGCGGUGAAAUUUGUGGAGGACUUUGAUGGAUGGAGUUGA